AGGGCCACACCUCACAGCUCCGGAGGAAGCCGCAGACCUCAGCUGUACAAGCGCAGCUCUGACUAGGGGAACUUUCCGUGGACGACCAUUCUCACAGUGGCGACCUGUCGGUCCGCGGGGCGGAGCGCAGGGCGAGCGAGCGCGAGCGGCGGGGGAGUCGGUGUGCUGGGGACUCCGGCCGGGACUGGGCGACAGCGGGUCCCGCGAGCUACAGAAGUCGGUGCCCGUGCGCGCUCCCGCCGGCUCCGGGGCAGCCGCAUCCCCGGCGCCACCGGCAGCAUCGCCGCCUCCCGCCAGCCGCGGAACAUGGCUGCACGCCGCGCCACCGUCGCCUGCGCGCUGCUGCUGCUGUCCUCCGCCCUGCUCCGCCGCGGCUGCCGGGCGCGCUUCACUGCCGAGCCCGAUUCGGAUGAGGACGGAGAGGAAACGGUGGCGUUCCCCGAGUCGCCCCUACAGAGCCCCACGGUGCUCGUGGUUGUCCUCGCCCGCAACGCCGCGCACACGCUGCCUCACUUCCUCGGCUGCCUGGAGCGGCUGGACUAUCCCAAGAGCAGGAUGGCCAUCUGGGCAGCCACUGAUCACAAUGUGGAUAAUACAACAGAAAUACUCAGGGAAUGGCUGAAAAAUGUCCAGAGGCAAUAUCACUACGUGGAGUGGAGGCCUAUGGAUGAACCAGAGUCUUACCCUGAUGAAAUUGGACCAAAGCACUGGCCAAGCUCCCGGUUUGCCCAUGUCAUGAAACUGCGACAGGCAGCCCUUCGAACUGCGAGGGAAAAAUGGUCAGACUACAUCCUGUUCAUAGAUGUCGACAAUUUCCUGACUAAUCCACAGACCCUGACCCUAAUGAUUGCAGAGAACAGAACCAUUGUGGCCCCCAUGCUGGAGUCCCGGGGCCUGUACUCUAACUUCUGGUGUGGAAUCACACCUCAGGGCUUCUAUAAGCGGACACCAGACUACCUUCAGAUUAGAGAGUGGAAGAGGAUGGGCUGCUUUCCCGUCCCCAUGGUCCACUCCACCUUCCUGAUUGACCUCAGGAAAGAGGCCUCCAACAAUCUGGCUUUCUAUCCCCCUCACCAGGACUACACCUGGACCUUUGAUGACAUCAUUGUUUUUGCCUUCUCUAGCAGGCAAGCAGGCAUCCAGAUGUACCUCUGCAACAAAGAGCACUAUGGCUACCUGCCCAUCCCUCUGAAGCCCCAUCAGACGCUGCAGGAAGACAUCGAGAACCUCAUCCAUGUGCAGAUAGAAGCAAUGAUUGACCGUCCUCCAAUGGAACCCUCUCAGUUUGUGUCCGUUGUCCCUAAGUAUCCAGACAAGAUGGGAUUUGAUGAGAUUUUCAUGAUUAACCUCAAACGCAGGAAGGACAGGCGGGACCGGAUGCUGCGCACGCUCUACGAGCAGGAGAUUGAGGUCAAGAUCGUGGAGGCCGUGGAUGGGAAGGCACUCAACACAAGCCAGCUGAAGGCAUGGAACAUUGAAAUGCUACCAGGGUACCGUGACCCCUACUCCUCCAGGCCUUUAACACGGGGCGAAAUUGGCUGCUUCCUUAGUCACUUCUCUGUCUGGAAAGAGGUUAUUGACCGGGGACUGGAGAAGACGCUCGUCAUUGAAGACGAUGUGCGUUUUGAGCAUCAGUUCAAGAAGAAACUAGUGAAGCUGAUGGAUGACAUUGACAAGGUUCAGCUGGACUGGGAACUGAUUUACAUUGGUAGGAAAAGAAUGCAAGUCAAAGAGCCAGAGAAAGCGGUGCCCAAUGUUGUAAAUCUGGUUGAAGCUGACUAUUCCUACUGGACGCUGGGCUACGCCAUCUCUUUGGAGGGAGCACAGAAGCUUGUUGGAGCGGAUCCCUUUGGGAAGAUGUUACCAGUGGAUGAGUUUCUGCCAGUCAUGUACAACAAGCAUCCUGUAGCGGAGUACAAGGAGUAUUAUGAACCCAGGGACUUGAAAGCCUUCUCUGCAGAGCCCUUGCUCAUCUACCCCACGCAUUACACAGGCCAGCCGGGCUAUCUGAGCGACACAGAAACUUCGACCAUUUGGGACAAUGAGACAGUUGCCACUGACUGGGACAGGACACAUUCCUGGAAGUCCCGCAAGCAAGGACACAUCCACAGCAAUGCCAAGAACACAGAAGCACUGCCACCACCGACUUCUCUGGACACGGUGCCUUCAAGGGACGAGCUCUGAGAGCUCCCGAGGAGUAUGGCCCACAUGAUUCAUCACUGUCUGGCUUUUCUAAAGGGCUACUUAUCUGUUUGUUCCAGGUUUUUUUGUUUGUUUCUUAGAGAGACGGCAGUCAUCUAAUCAAAGUGGUUUGAUGCAAUUGAUCAAAAUAAUAUACUUUGGAUAGUGAAGGAUGGAGAAAUUAAAAACCAAAUGCCCUGGGAUACCUUGACUGGAAUGGCUGAGUUAAACUUCAGUCCAAAUGUCCAGUUCUCACUAGCCACAGAACGCCGGUUGCCACACUGAUGUGGCAACGUGACUUGUAACUUGGUGGUCCAAGGGAUGGCACCACCAAGCUGCCCACCAGUAAGUGGGCAGUCGAAGUAGACAAGCCACAGGACCUGUUUACUCACCUGAGUGGUCCAUCUUAUGUGGCAGAUGUGACCUUGAAAAUGCCAAGUCAUCUAGGCUAUAUUUAUUGGUCUACUUUAUGUGACCUUGAAAAUUGGCCUGUGUAACAAAUGCCUGGGGUUAGGGAAGUCAAAACCAUUAAUUCAGCUUUUAUUCAGAGGAGCUCUGCCAUGAGCCUACUAAAAGUGGAUGUUUUAUUCUUGGCCUCCUUAUUCAGUGGGGUGAGUAGCUGGCUUGGGCUGAGACGUGGCUCUUGACCAUCAUGGCAGCUAGAUCUUUCAUUAAAAUGUCUAGUUUCCAUGUGGCUACAAUAUUUAGAUAUUUAUGGAAGAAGUAUCUCAGCCUUUGGCAUUUUUAUUGUGGCUUCCUGAGUCUGAUAUGUACUAUUUAUAGAGAAAACUGUAAUAUAUACAAGGUGAGGUAUGGGGUGAUCCCAGCCCUGUGCUUAGCCCCUCCCACCCUUUGUGGCACUCCUUUGCCUGGAAAGGAACUGCAGGUGUGACUUUAGCAUGUCGCCGCUAAGAGGAGGAACACAUUUCAGGCUCACAUUUGACCUUGCCUUGGACUGUCAUUAUAUUCUGAAUUAUUUAUUUUACAAAUUUGGAAAAAAAGCAUUGUCUGUAGGGUGAGGCAGGGAAAUAGGUGUCUCAGGCUCUCAUCCUGUACUGGAGGACAUCAGUGUAGACAGAUGGAUCAGGCUCUCAUCCUGUACUGGGGGACAUCAGUGUAGACAGGUGUCUCAGGCUCUCAUCCCGUACUGGGGGACAUAGUGUUGUCAGGUGUGUUCAAACAUCUGAGUUGCCUGAAUUUCUCAACGGGGCCUUUGCAGGGACGACUGCUGGUGAAAGAUUCUAACCAUUCUCCAGUGAGUCAAGGAGACCUUGGUCCACACAAUAGAUUGCAGUCAACAAUCUGCAACUUUCAAAGUCAAAAGAAUCCUAGCUACCCUUUCUCAAAAGAUGGACCCUAAAACUCCUUCCUAAUUUCUCCAUAGACUAAGUGUAUAUCAGGUGCAAUGUCUGACUGUGUCAUGGUGUCCAGAGACACAACCAGGUGUCUGAGAGCAUCUCGCUUCACCUCAGCUAGCUGGUUGUGUUGAUCUUCUCCGCUAGCUAUUCCACAGAAACAGAGAAGCCAGGCUUAUCCAAUCCCCGUUUGCCUCUUCUCAUCUGGAACAACAGGAAGAGCAUUGAGAGCUUUUAGAAAGCUUAGGCGAUUCCUGGGCCUCCUUGGGUGUUUGGUAUUUUUGUCUGUACUUUGAAUGUGUGCAAGCAUGCCUGGCUUUAACUGUGUUUUUAGAGUGUGGGAGGUGUGCUUGGAGUGGGAAGACUGGGUUGCUCUUUGUGGUGUUCUUGUUGUUUUCAUGGAGAACUUCCCCCCAUUCGCCCCGUCAGCUGGUCUGACGGACUUAAGGAUUCCCAUUCUUAAAAGACAUUGGAUUUCAAUUUUCUAGAAUUUUAGAUUAGGACCUUUUUAACUGUGAAUAAAGUUCCGGUUCUGUUUGUCCA